UGUUAGAAGAAAAAAUAGCGAUGACAUAGAUUGUUGGAAGUCUUUGUAAGUUGCAUCAGUCAAGUUAACACGUUCUAACUUCAUGUAACAAAUUGCGCAAGAGCAAAAAGAACGAAUCGACAUUUUCCAAGAUGGAUCACGAGGAUGUCAACAAUCUAAGACUGCAUAGAGACAGACAAGAAACUUGGGAAACUUAUCGGUCUCGUUUGAAUAGUACAUCUCCAGUCAGAUGUAUUAAAAAUUGUGUAAAAUCCAACAUGAAUAUAACAAAUUUUAAAGUUCAACGAAGAAGAAAACAAACUCUAUUGAUAAGAAUCAUUUUCAUUGCUACAAUACUUGGGACAGCGUUCGUGUUCUCUCAGUUUAAAAAUCAUGAUCAAUCUAAUUAUUCAAGAAGUUCAACUAAUGGAAAAUCAUUUAGUCAAUUUUCACAAGAAAAACCUGUAUUCCUACGGCGAUUAUUGGAAGAUAGCAGCAAUAACGCUUUUUCUGGUAACGAAAGUGAACAAUUCUCAACCAAUGGGACGGAAAAGCCGUCGAAUCACCACGAAAAUUGUACACCACCAUCAAUCCAUGAAUUUCCGAAAGAUUUAUUUACGGAAGAGCAAAGGCUUCAAGGAGCCAUAGUUAUUCAUUUUUUUGUUUGUUUUUAUAUGUUCAUUGCGCUUGCUAUCGUAUGUGACGAUUAUUUCGUACCAUCUCUUGAUCAGAUUUCAGAGAAAUUGAAACUUACAGAAGAUGUUGCCGGGGCAACUUUCAUGGCUGCCGGAAGUUCAGCGCCAGAACUUUUCAUAUCUAUAAUUGGUGUUUUUGUCGCUCGGGGAGAUGUCGGAGUUGGAACUAUUGUUGGUUCUGCUGUUUUCAAUAUAUUGGUCAUCAUUGGACUGUGUGCUCUGUUCUGUAGUGAGGCAGUUCCAUUGCAUUGGUGGCCAUUGAUGCGAGAUUCGUCUUACUACGGAAUCGCGAUCGCUGUUUUAAUUGCAGUCAUUCAUGACAGCUAUGUAUCAUGGUACGAAUCACUCGUCAUGUUAAUUCUCUAUGUCGGAUAUAUCCUUAUUAUGAAGUUCAAUACUUCUUUAGAACGUUUAAUUAAAGCGGCUAGAGAUAAAACCGUGAAGAAAUUACGAGGGAAAAAGCACAGGAAAUCAAAAGAUAUGGACAAUAAUAGAAAGGAUGCGAGUCCCAUGGAUAGUCUUGAUAAAAAGGACUGCGAGGCGAAACUAAUUAAGAAGAGCUCGUCUGAUUAUCUGGAUGCUGAAUCUUCACAGAAAAUAAAUGGAAAUGCAGGAGAUAGUGAGGAAUCCGCCUUUUUAACUAAAACUUCAAAUGGAAAUUCAUCCAAAUUGGGAAGUGGUGAACCGUUAUCUCCAUCAGACAAGAAACCAAUGAAUGUAUGUGCAACACAGAACGGUACUUCAGUCGUCGCACAACUUACGCCGAUGUCUCCAUCGUUGGUUCCGAUAGACGAGGUUAUUUCUGGUGGUAAUCGUCCAUUGAGGUUUGAAGACGCUGGAUUGAGAUUGAUGAUGUCGAAUACGUUCGCACCUAAAACAAGAUUACGAAUGGCAUGCAAGAUGAUUAUCAACGAGAGGCAAAAUUUAGUUGUUGAAAAAAGUACGUCAGACGGAGCACCAAAAAGAGUUUUAGUCAGACGUAAAACAGAUUUAUCACUGGAUGGGAUAAGCAGUACGCCAGCUAUAAGUGAAAGGGCAACAUCAGACACAGCGGAAGAGGUCAAAAGUAUCACCGAUCCAGACUCGGACGGUGAAUUGAGCAGUUAUACUCAUCCGUUCAUUGUCCCCAGAGACAGUGCUGUCAAGUUUUUAAAGUGGAUGAUCUGCUGGCCGAUUAGCUUUCUUUUUUUCAUUACUAUUCCAAACUGCAGUAAAAAACGUUGGGAGAAAUGGUUUAUGGUCAGUUUUCUUGUUUCAACUGGAUGGAUCAUGGUCUGCUCAUAUAUUAUGGUCUGGAUGGGUACAAUUUGUGGAUAUACUCUCAAUAUACCUGAUUCAAUUAUGGGAAUCACUUUUCUUGCCGCUGGGACGUCAGUACCCGAUACCAUUGCCUCAGUCAUUGUCGCAAGACAAGGUCUUGGUGACAUGGCAGUCUCAAAUUCGAUAGGAAGUAACGUCUUCGAUAUAUUACUCGGAUUAGCCAUGCCUUGGUUUUUGAAGACUGCUGUUGUUUCACCUGGAGAGCUGGUUCAAAUAAACAGCAGAGGUUUAUUGUGGUCAGUUUUCUUGCUUCUAGCUUCACUUUUCCUUGUGAUAAUUUCCAUUCAUCUCAACGGAUGGAAGCUUACGAGAAAGCUCGGAAUUCUUAUCAUGAUCAUGUACUGUGUGUUCUUAACCCUUUCACUACUCAUCGAGUUUAAUGUUUUCUUCGUCGUCAAUCUACCGAUGUGCAGAGACUGAAAAAAUUGUGUUAUUGACGAGUUUAAAUCUAUCGCAGAACAAGCAGAACACUUGUAGGCGUUUGUUACAUUUUGUGCAAUGAUCGGACAUAUAUACCUUGCUGUGAUCCAUAGAUGUCAUUCGAUAAAGAUUAAAGACUUGCAACCAGGAAUACAUCUACUAAUUAAUAAAUUCUAAUUAAAAAUGUGUGAAUAAUUUGUAUAUUAUUAUUGUUUGAUGCCCAUAUCAACUGGAAUUGCUUGGGAACAAAGUUUUUAUUGUACAGUUGUACCUGACAUUACACCAAUAACUAGAUAAUAUUCACAUAAACUCGGUUAAAGGGGUCAAAUCAAACAUUGGUUUGGAAAAAGACUCGUCUACAUUUCUGCAAAAUAUAUUCUCUUAUGCAGGAUAAAUACAGAAAAGCAUUUGUUCUAAUUAUUCAAGUCAGACUUGUUGUACGAGUAUCUUAUGCUGUUAAGUUUUAUAUAAAACUGCAAUUUUUUCAUCUCAAGUAUGCUUGUGAUUUCAUUAUGACAAAUCUUUUGAUAUGAUUGAGGACAAUCGAAUAUGAAUGCGGUACAAUAACUAAUACAUGCGAUCUAUGCUGAAAAUUUGUUGUAAUAAUCAGACCUAUCCAAAUGACUCCAUCUGUGGUUGCAGACUCUUGAUAGAUAAAAAUUUUGACUCUGGUUCCCAACUCAAUAGAUUACGAACAACAGCUUUGGCGUAUCCUUCUUUGAUUGUUCAUUGAAAAUGCUCAGUCAAUUUCAUGCUUUUCGUGUUUUUUUCAAAAAUUUUGAAUUCGAUUAUCACACUUCAGUUUGGAAUUUGAAUGCUGUGCCAACGGCCCUCACCCAAGGUGUAAUAAAUCGAGUAGCCAGUACCGAACCAGAAAGAUUCAAAUUCUUUCAAAAUCCUUAGAUAUCAUUGAAUACUCGAACAAUGCCUUGUUCGAAGCGAAAAUUGUGAAUAAAUAAUUUUAUAAAAAAAUCUAUAGGUAGAUAUUUUUUUCCACAGAUCGAACUUUCAUGGUUUGGACUAUUAAAAUAAUAUGUAUAUAUAUAUAUCAGUUGUGUUAUCUAUUCUCGCUUGUGUGUGAAUGAAAAUGGUUAUGAUUGGACAAUCGGGCUAUUUAAUCUUAUAAUGGCAUUAAUCAUUGUUUUCCUUACAAUCUUCAACGACGUCUAAAUUUUGAAACAAUUGUCUCCCCUUUAAUUAUGUAAAAAUGAACCAUGCAUGACGAAAACUACCCAAACAAGGCAAAUGAAUUUAUUUACCAUAAAAUUUCAAGUGGAAUUAUAUCGCACUACUUGAGAGCUUUUUACUUUGGGACUGUCGGACCUUUGUAACAUCCAGUUUUGUAUUUGCUUGUAAAUUUUCAUACUUCACUAUCCCACUAUACUAAGCACUUAUUUGAAUGAUACAUGUAUCAUGCAUGUUUUUCUGAUUUUUUUCUUUAUUUUUCAGCAUUGUAGCAGAUUUAUUCUUGAUUUGGCAUGGCCAUACGAAAAUUUUAUUGUACUAUACUAUACCUAUGUUAAAGAGAAGCAUGAAUCAAGUCAGUAAGGCAUCAAACUACCUAUGAAAUAAAACAAGAAAGCAAAUUACAUAAAAACAGUUAACUGCUGAUUUUUGUUGACAGCAUUUGGUUAUCAUUUUUUGUCCUGAUUUCAAUUUUAGGGGAAAUACUGUGAUUUUUUUACAUUGUGUAAAUAUACUGAUUAUCACUUUUUUCCUUGUUUUGUUCCUUGCUUGUUUUUUUCUCGUUUCCGGUAUACGAUACUGAUUCUGCUGCUUUUGCGAUGCAAAUUUUUUGUCGUCAAUUGGAACUGUGUGUUUCAUUAAAAAUCUUUUCGAGUUUUGAACCUGAUUAGAUAACGGAUUUUUCUUUUAAUUUUUCUGCUACGGAAAAAUUAUAAAUCUUCUCAAAAUAUUGAAUCCAAUUUUUCCCUUUGUGCACAACUAAUGAAAUACCCGUUAAGUUCUGACCAUUUAUGAUUCGUACAUACUAGGCUUGCUUUUUUAUCAUUUUUAUGUAUGAUUCAAUGGUGGUCAUUCAUGGAGUGUGACAAUUGAGGUUCAUAUCCCUUAUUGUAAAUACAGAUUGUUUUGUUAUGGUCAAUCAAACUUAUAUCAGAAUUGUUUCGAGGAUAUUACCAAUAAAGUCUGAUUCAGUAUAGUUUGUUUAUCCACUGCCGAUUAUAGGCCGAAGAUAUUUAUGUAAUAUAUUGAUAUAUUAUAUUUUGAUUCGGCCUAGACCAAAAACUUUCUACUCCAUCUUCGAACACCAAAUCAAAUUACUUUAAUAAACUGUUAAGAACAUUUAAUGAACCAAAUACUUUGAGUUUCUUUGGAAAAUUCUGACUUAUUUUAUCGCCAUCGAAAGCUCAAAUUCCAGCUAUUCCUCCAUAUUCUUAUGCAGUACAAUACUGAAUAUAUGUGAAUAUUUUUUUGGAUGUGCCAUACCAAAGUGUGAAAUCAGUACAUACUGAAUCGAACUAAACACAUGCUUCCAAUAAUUACACAUAUAUUUACCAGCAGUUA